GCUACUUGCAGGCCAAGUGGAACCGUGCUGAACAUGGGCCCAGUAGGUACUGAGACAGAUGAGAACCAGACAGUGGAAGAAGUGAAGGUGGAGCAGUAUGGGUCAGGACACACCACCCCUAGAGGGGAGCUGGCCCCUGACCCUGAGCCACAGCUCAUAGACAGCACCAAGCUGACUGAGGUGCGGGUUGUUCUCAUACUGGCCUAUUGCUCCAUCAUUUUGCUUGGGGUAGUUGGCAACUCCUUGGUGAUCCAUGUGGUGGUCAAGUUCAAGAGCAUGCGCACAGUAACCAACUUUUUCAUUGCUAAUCUGGCUGUGGCAGAUCUUUUGGUGAAUACCCUGUGCCUACCAUUUACACUCACCUAUACCUUAAUGGGGGAGUGGAAAAUGGGUCCUGUCCUGUGCCACCUGGUACCCUAUGCCCAGGGCCUGGCAGUGCAAGUGUCCACAAUCACCUUGACAGUAAUUGCCCUGGACAGGUAUCAGUGCAUCAUCUACCACCUGGAGAGCAAGAUCUCCAAACGCAUCAGCUUCCUGAUUAUUGGCUUGGCCUGGGGCAUCAGUGCCCUGCUGGCGAGUCCUCUGGCCAUCUUUCGGGAGUAUUCAUUGAUUGAGAUUAUUCCAGACUUUGAGAUCACAGCGUGUACUGAAAAGUGGCCUGGUGAGGAGAAGAGCAUGUAUGGCACUAUCUAUAGCCUUUCUUCCUUGUUAAUCCUGUAUGUUCUGCCUCUGGGCAUCAUCUCUUUCUCCUAUACUCGUAUCUGGAGUAAACUGAAAAACCAUGUGAGCCCUGGAGCUGCAAGUGACCACUACCAUCAGCGAAGACAAAAAACCACCAAAAUGCUGGUGUGUGUGGUGGUGGUGUUUGCGGUCAGCUGGUUGCCCCUCCAUGCCUUCCAACUUGCUGUGGACAUUGACAACCAUGUCUUGGACCUGAAGGAGUACAAACUCAUCUUCACGGUCUUCCACAUCAUUGCCAUGUGCUCUACCUUUGCUAACCCCCUUCUCUAUGGCUGGAUGAACAGCAACUACAGAAAGGCUUUUCUCUCAGCCUUUCGCUGUGAGCAGAGGUUGGAUGCUAUUCAUUCAGAGGUGUCAAUGAACUUCAAGGCUAAAAAGAAUCUGGAAGUCAAAAAGAACAAUGGUCCCCUUGAAUCUUUCUCAGAGGCUACCAACGUCUAAGGAAGCAGGGGUGAAAACACAGAUGAAUUCUGACCAGAGCUACUAACCUGGUCGAGGAAGGUUUGGGGGUGCAUGAUGACCUCCCACUUUAGGGAUGAAACAGCAUCUGAAUGGAAGUCUCCUUUGGCAGUGGAAAUCCUGGCUGGCAGAGCCUAUGGGAAAAUUCUUGAAUUUAAG